UACCCGUAUGUACGGUACAAGGGAACACUCACCCGGACCCCUAUUUAGUACUUCAACGUCCUGUUACCAAGAGUGCCAAGAUGUUGCUGAAUAGCCCCGCCCCAUUGCUGCCUCGUGCUGCUUGAUUGGUUUGUUUCUGUCUUGCCGUUCCCAUUCUUUUAGGAAUGUGAAGCUAGCAACCUUAAGGACGUCAAGGCAGACACUUUUUUUUGGUAAUUGAAUCUACUUAAGCUUGUCCUUGUUGCGUAUUGUUUGGGUAUCGUACAGCAAAGAAAGUUUAAUGUGUAUUAAGCUGGACUAGAAGAAACGCGACAGGGUAGCUCAUUGUGCUUCUCGCGCACCGAGAAAAUAAUGGAACGCGCACCUGUUGUUACAAAGUAUCACUUGUUUAUAGGAACAGUCUUGUAAAGUGCUCGACAGGGUAACGGUUGAAAACCAGUAGCAUAUGAAACUUCACUGCAGAUUCUGUCAAAAUUUGUCCAGGAUUGGUUGAGAGCUAUGGAUGGGACAAACAUUUGAAGCAAAAUCGGGGCUAUUCUUCAAGAAGAAGGACUGCUGAAAGGGCAACUUGUCUGAUGUGAUUGCAUUGAAGAGAUACAGUAGAAGUUCAUCAAACAUGCUGGUCCAUAGUUUAAAAUUUGAUAAAUGUCAAAUGCACUAUAUGUAUUGAUACUACAAGUAAAAUACUCUGAGGCACUACAGAAGAAAAUGCAGCACUUCAUAUCCGCUUCCAGAUAAUGUCUAGAGUCCUCCGUUAGUCACUUAGCCUUGAGACAGUUAUUCAAUGGCUUCUUAUGAUAAUGAACUGAUGAGACAGAAUAUUAAAGAGGCGUUUGAAAUCUCAGGUCUCUUGGAUACUGUCGCGUCACCAUUUUAUACCAACAGAUUUCCACCAUCGAAAUCCAUUGCUAACAUAGAUCAGUUUUCUCAUCAACGAGGAAAAGGGGAUUCUGCCUACAGCUCUUUUUCUGGUGGCUCUAAUGUUCCAGAAUACCAUUCUCCAUUAUUUUGCAAUGAUCACUUCUGUCUGCCAUUUGCUGAACAUCUCAAUGCAGAAUAUGUAAAAGCCAUUUAUAACCCAAAUGUAGCAACUGAUCUUGAUGACCCACAUCACUGCAAAUCAGAAAACGUCCACAGCCAUAUAAUCACUGACCAAACUAGUAUUGCUACUUGCUGCAGAAAUAGUCCAGACAAUGGGGAACCCCCUGUGCCCCCUUCAAGACUUGAUAGCUAUAUGGUUGUCAAAAACUUAGAAAACAAUCAGGAACCCUGCCACUGUAGUUACCAUCUUAAAAUGAGUACUGGUGAGAACCACCAGACUGUCAAAGUGACUGAUGCAGAAUUCACAGCUGACCCUACAUUUAGACAUGGUAAACAGGAUUCUGAUCCGGUAGCGAGGCAAAAAAACUUUGCAUGCAAAAACAGAUUCGGUGAUCUAGCUCAAUUUGCCGAAGGGAGAAGAAUGCAGAAAAAUGUAUGUACCUUAGCUAUUUCAUUCCCAAGUCAAGAAAGCUCUGAAGACAAGCUAGAUAAUUUGGCUAACAUGUCAGAAACUUUGCAUAGUGGGCCCGAGGUAGUGCAUGGUUAUGGGACAUGUACAACAACUCUUCUGGCAUCCCAUUCAGGAAAUGAAAACCAUAGGACACUUGGUGCAAACAGUAAGAGUAAAGAACAAUAUGGUUCUGUUAGUAAUCUUUGUAAAAAAUCAAAUCCUUCCAGAGAACAAAAUGUACACAGAUUGCAUGCUGUCACAAGGCAUAAACAGGACAACUUGCCUUGUGUUCUACCUAACAUGGCAGGGGAGACAUAUAGACAAUUAGAUCAGGUUGAAAAUAUUCAACAAAAUAAUGCUUUGUUUAAACCUGAACAUAGUGCCUGUAAAGAUACCUUUUUUGAAAGACAAAGUAGCCCUGAGAAAAGAAGUAAUCAAAUCCUGUUGAUGCUCAGAGAGAACACACUACCUCCACUUCAACAGAAAGAGGGCUUUCACUCGGAAAUAAUAAAAGAUAAGUGUGCCUCUGUCUCAUUUAUAAAUGAAAGCAGCAGAACCCGUAAACCUGUUCAGUCCAUGAGUUUGGAUUUGCCGGAGUUGAGCAAUAUGUCUUGCAAACAACCCCACUUUAGCAGUGGACAAAAUAGAAGCAGUAGUCAGAUAUUUUACUAUGGACCUAGUGAAAGCUUGUUGGCUUUAAAUUCAUUUGAAAAUGAUAUGCAGAAUAUUAACAGUAGUAAGAAGGAUGUUGUAUGUGAGAGCCAAGCUAGUGAUGUAAAACAGUUUCCAAGGCAGCCAUUGUCUGAUCUAGCUAAUGAGAGAAUAAACAAGCAAACAACCCCCUUACUUUACCAUCUUACUGGUGAGAAUAAUAUUCCAUAUAACAAAACAGUAAUAAGUACAGAUAGACAUAAAUUGUUUGAGAAAACCAAGUCGUUAGGAAGAGAUUUUGGAGGGAAUUGCUUUUCAGAGAUCCAGCAGAAUGAAAAGCAGAGCAAGGUUGUUGGACCUGAGGAUGGUAAAAACUCCUGGAAAUUAUCUGUUGCUGGUGCUGAUGGUCCAUAUUCAGAAGACCUUACUACUUGUCCAGGCACAUCUGAUGAUACUUUCAAGAGAGAUUAUAAAAAAAAGAUAAAAGAUGCUCAAACCAAGGUUUUAAGAUUAACUUCGUUUAGAAGGAAAGAUCUGCAAAUGAGCUUACCUCAGAGACUCAAGGAGAAUUCUUUCAAACGGCCACCCAUUAGUAAUAUUUUUUCCUCAUUUUCUGAUAAAAACAAGACGGAAAAAACUUCCAUAAAAGCCUCAUCGGAAAUCAAGUAUAAGGAAAUGAGGAUGUCACAAGUCAGUAAUGCAGGAGGGAGGAAAAGAACAGUAGCAGACCAAAGAAAACUUUGCUACUCGGAGCCAGAGAAAUUGCACCAGUUGGACACGUCUAGUGAACCGUCUGCAAGCCCAUGGAAUAAAGAUAGGAAUUCUUCCAUUUACAUUACUACACAGAGUUCUGCAGCAGCCAAAAGAAGAGAGUUUGGUAGUGGUGGACGGACUGUGUCAACUUCCAGUAUUUCCAAAUCUGAAUUGAAACAAGUCCAACACUCAGCAGUUGUUCAGUACAUGGAACGCAAAACUGCACAAAAGCAUAACACUGUCCCACAUGUUUCUCCUCAGAAGUUGCUGCAGAACUUUUCAUCUGGAAGUUCUGAAACAAGUUCUGAGUGUGCUUCUACUAGUGGCAGGUCUACUUUCAGACCUCUUUCUGCAUAUUCAGACUCGUUUAGCUCAACAAAAAAGCAUCACUCUAAACCUUGUUCUGUGGUGUCGAGUAAUAAACCUUUCAGUUCAGCAGAGCAGCCUUUUGUAAGACAGUCGAGCAAUAGAAGUUCUGGCAAAUCGGUUUCUGCUGACAGUUUGUUUGAUUCACAAGAUACUGCUUCCUGCAAUGACCAUGCAAGAUCCAAGUCAACACCUUCCUGUGUUCAGGUCUCUAGAAAGUCAGAGUCUUGUUCGCCAGUAUUUCAGGAUGACCGGAAUUACACCAUUAUUCAGAGUGGCCAAAUAUAUGAUGAAAGUGUAGGAAGAGAAACGUCUUCAAAAAAUACAACUGAAAGUCAAGAGACCAGUGGAGACCAUCCCAGGGUUAAUUCCAUGGACAAUUAUGUCAUAUUAGAGAAAAUAAGGCCAGUGAUGAGCAACAGCAUGGUGCAGACUGACCUCUCAAACAAACUGGAUACUAAGACAUGUCAUCAGUUGGGGGAUGAAAUACAGAAAUUUCAGUUCAACCAUAGAAGGAAUCAAAGUGAUGCUGAGGUCAUCCAUCCAAGGUCUUCUUCAUACAGAGAAGACUGGCCUAAAGUAAAUAUUGACAGUACUACAAACCCAAAUGAGAAGGAUGCAUGGAACAGAAAAGCUGAGUUACAUAAAAGGUAUCCUGAGCUUAAGAGAACUCUGCUAGAUUCCAAAAAGUCAUCAUCUGAAUCUUUGUCAACAGAAAGUUAUCUGUUGUCUUUCACAAUGAGCCCUAGAUCUCCUGGGCCUUUACUAUCCCCUGGUUUAACCAUAGAAGAUGAUGUCUUCACUAGCAAUGUUUCUGUUAGCACAGAAAAGCAGAAUGCAGAUAUUUCAGUAGAGUGUAUCCAACUGUCACCAGAUACAGCAUUGUGCAAGUCGCCACAAAGUGAAAGUUCCAUUCAAUCUCCAAGCAGUCCUUCAGAAGCCAGUAAAGAAGCAGUAGAACAGAUUAUGUUCACUUUCAUUUCAAAUAAUCAGCAACUUGUUCAGUCAAACGAAGUGCCUGCAUCAUUGCCUGUUGUACCCGAAUGCAGUGAACCUGAAGAUGAAACAAAGGUAUCAGACAUAUCUGGCAUGCACUUGAAUGUAGAAGUCGCAAAGCUCCCAAAGAAACAACUGGAUGGUGAAAGCAGUGAAGCUGAAAAGCAAGUUAUAUCAGGACUUUCCAAUUUCCAGUCAAAUGAAAGCCCUAUUUCCCAUGUCUGUAAUGUGACUGAAAACAUAUCUGUUUGCCCACCAUACACAGAAGUGACUUCCUGUUCUGAUCAGACAUAUGACAGACUUGUAAAGGAAAUCAUAACUAAAGACCCUUUAUUGGCCAAUGUCCUUGAAUAUUAUUCAAGUCGGCAAAACACUAUGGAUCUGAUGGAAGAGCUGUUUCCUUUGGAUCCUGCAGCACUGGAGGAGUAUCGCAGGAAUAAAGGGACCAGGGCUGAGGAGACUGUCAUACAGGCCAAAGACAGUGAUAAUCCUGCUGGAAUUACAAGUGAAGAAAGUGAAGAUUCUGACAGAGAUCCAGGGCAGAGCACUUCGAGUUUGAGAAAUGGUGAGCUCUUUAAUGUGAGACAGAGUGAGCCCAACACUCAGGACAGCAGCAGCAAAGACUCUGACGAAAUCACUGCAAAGAAAAAGGAACUGAUUCAGAGUAUUAAAUCCAUAGUCCAAAAUCUUCAGAAAGACAAGGUAGCCACUCAGUCAGAUAUUGAAUCCAAUAACCUGAUGGGUAAGCAGCUGGAAAGCCUGAUUAAAGAGGUCUGCAAACCCAAUGAGUAUGAAAGGUACAUGAUGUACAUAGGGGAUCUGGACAAAGUUGUGAACCUGCUACUGUGCCUGUCUAGUCGCUUGGCCAGAGUGGAGAAUGCCCUAGGAAAAGUAAAUGAAUCCACGGAUGCAGAAGAGAGGCAAUCCUUGAACAGUAGACAUAGCCUUCUAUCCAGACAGCGCGAAGAUGCAAAGGAUCUCAAAGGAAACCUUGAUCGAAGGGAGAGAGUUGUUUAUGAAAUCUUAUCCAAGUACUUAAAUAGUAAACAGCUCCAAGACUUUCAGCACUUUGUUAAAGUUAAGUCAUCUUUAUUAAUCGUAUCAAAGGAACUUGAUGAAAAGAUUAAAUUCUAUGACGAACAGCUGGAACACCUUCAAGGCACUAUUCCUGCUUAAUUACUACUUAAUACAGGAGUUACGUGGCUGUUCUGCUCUGCUGUUUUACCACUGGAGUUGUUCUGUGCAGUUGUCAAUAUGGUGUUCCUGUUUAGAGUGCAUUUACUAGGAUGUCUUCAACAAAUUCCUGAACUUUAUGGAAUGCAGAGUGUCAUAAUUUCAGUGCCUUGCACACUUUUUUUUUUUUUUUUUUUUUUUGGGGGGGGGGGGUGUUUACAUUUCAGAAUGAAUUGCAGUCUGGACUUUCUUUUAUGGUAUAUUGCUGAAAGUGCAACUUUUUAAUGAACAGUAGCCCUUGGACAAUACAAAUGCCUAAUAGUUUUAUAUUUUAAUAAUGGAAAGUACUAUUUUAUUAUGCUGCUAAUUCUUUCUAACUUCUUCUUACUCUAUAAAAGUGUCUUGAGAAGGAGUGUUCAAAUAAAAGCAACAAAUUAAGUAUUA